AUGUCGAUGGGUAUAACUCUAGAAGAGAUAUGUCAUUGGAUAUACGUAGGGGCCCGAACUGUCUCGAUGGAGCUAGGUUUGAUAAAAGAUAAGGGUACGAAAAAUUCCAAUGUAGAAACAGUCAAAAGGUGGGAACUUGGCACAAUAGUGGCAAAUGGAGUCGAGGAUCAACCCUCGGAGGACGAGGAUCAACUCAUGGGGAACGAGGAUCAACCCACGGAGGACAAGAACCAACCCAUGGAGGAUGAAGUAUCACCAAAGGAGGUCAACUGCAUUACAGGGAAAGAAGAAGAGAGAAGUAUUACCUCACUGGUACAUUAG